CACGCUAAGACGUCUCGUCAUUCACAAUGACGGGUUAUAAGGAUAUAUUCGUUUUGUUGUAUUUACUAUACAUGCAUUGGUGUUUUGUGGAGGGUGCAGUGAAAAGCAGCCUUGUGUUUGUCAUCGAUGAUACUUAUUCGAUGUCUGAGGAGAUCAGCCAAGUGAAACAGAAAACCUUCGAAGUUUUUGACGCUGUGCUUUCAUCGAACGGGUCGACUAUCGACGAUUUUGUUUUAGUCACGUUUAAUGAUCCAGAUGCUGAGCUAAGAAUUGUAACAAGAGACAAAUAUGCAUACAAGAGAGAAGUAGAAGGAAUUAUAGUACACGGUGGCGAUGACUGCGAAGAAUUCGCGAUGGCCGGAAUUGAACUAGCGCUCGAGAAUAGCAAACCAAACUCGUUCCUCUACGUCUUUACGGACGCCUCCGCUAAGGAUCAUCAUAAUUUCGAGCGAGUCAAAAGUUUAAGUCAGAAGAAAUCAACCCAGAUAACCUUUCUACUUACUGGUGUUUGUGACGGUAGAAAAACGCCAGAUUAUCUGGUAUUUGAAAAAUUGGCAGAGGCUACUUCAGGACAGGUCUUUAAUAUAGAACGUGACGAUGUUAAAAAGGUUAUCGAUUACAUCAUAGCAUCGAUCAAACACAAGAAGACUACACUGGGCCAAAAAAACUUCCGAAAUAGUGACGAAGCUAAAAAUAUGACUUUUACAGUUGACAGCAAAGUAUGGGAUGUUAUGGUUUCUAUGUCGGCUGCUUCACCCGAGUUCCACGUCUUGGGACCUAAUAGCACUGAAGUAACGGUAGAAAAAUUGAUGAAUACAUCAACCACAUAUGUUGUUAAAUUAAUUACGACCCCAGGCCUAUAUACCAUAGUCUUAGAUAAAGACAUUAAUAGCCCAACAUCAGUUGUGGUAACUGGAUCAACAUCAGUUACUUUUCAACAUGGCUUCUCAACUUUUAUACCUUCAACUAUUAAUGACACAUCUACCAAGCCUAUUCCAGAUCAGCCUUCAUUUUUAUCAAUUGAAUUAGACAACAAUAAUAAGGACGUUAUAUUAAAAACGGUCGAGUUAAGAGAUCAGAAUGACAAUGUUAUUAGUGAUCUGCCAUUGAAAAUGAUAAAUGAAGAGCAACAGCUUUACGCCACUGAAGCAUUUAAGCCACCGUCACUUACGUUUAAAAUUUUGAUACAAGGUUACACUCCGACUGGUGAAAAGAUCAUCAGAGUUGCACCCACAACCGUCGAGUAUCAAAAUCCUAGUAUACUUGCGGAGACAAUAAAAGACAUGCCACCGAAGGUCACCAUUUCGGAAGAAUCCACAGUUUAUGCUGAUUUCGACAAGCCUUUGACAUUAUAUUGCAAAGUAAUGGGAUAUCCAAAGCCAGAUAUAUCAUGGCAGGAUUCAACAGGCACUCAUCUACCGUCUACGGUAAACGUGAUUGAGCUUCCAUAUGAAUACGUGAGCAUUCUUCAUAUAGCAAAAGUUGAAAAUAAUGUGUCAGUAACUUGUGAAGCAAAGAAUGAUUUUGGCGAAGAUAGUGAUUCUGUCAAUAUUAAAAUGAAAUAUUUUUUAAACGUCCUUGAACAUCCUUCAGAGCCGCCAAGAAUAGAUAAAAGUGUUACUGAUUACCAUGUUCAAAAGGGAACUGCUGUGAAUUUAUUAUGCAGGAUUAUAAGUGGCAAACCAGAGCCGGAGUUUCAUUGGGCAUUUGACCAAAACUUUACUGAUACUUUUGAACCCCGUUUUAUUUCAAGUAUUGGCAGUAAUAACGAAAAUAGCUAUCACAUCGAAAGUGUUGAUCCAAAAGAUUCUGGAGUUUACAGAUGCCUAACCAGAAAUGAGAUCGGAGAAGACGUUCAUGACAUCUAUUUAUUUGUUGAAUAUCCCCCAGUGGUAGCAAUGGAUGAUGAAGAAAUACUUUUCAAAGAAGGUGAAAUAAUUACAAUACCUUGUUCCGUUAAUGGGGCACCUACUCCAUCGGUACGAUGGCUCGUAGAUGAACUGGAGAUUGGUGCCUCAAAUAGAUAUAAAAUUUACAGGGAUAACACGUUAAGUUUCAGAGGUUCUGUUCAUGACAGAGGUAUCUAUACUUGCGAAGCAUCCAAUCCGUUGGGAAAAAGUCACAAAGACGUACGUCUAGAUAUCUAUGUGCCUGUGAAGAUAGAAUCGCCGAAACGAAGUAUUAUAGAUCUGCGAGAAGGCUAUUCUUUAAUACUGCCCUGCAAUGCUGAUGGUUAUCCGGAACCAUAUGUUAAAUGGGUGUACUUUAGCAAGGACCCCAAAAUCGCACCGAGGACGUUACAACCCGACAACCAAUAUUCUAUUAUGAUAAAAGAAGUAAACCUUCGUGACGAAGGAUUUUAUACAUGCGUGGCAAGCAAUAUCAACAGUAUAGCUAACAUCACUUAUGAAGUUAAUGUAAAAGCCCCUCCAACUAUAGUGAACUCAUUACAAGACAAAACAAUCAAUGUCGUUAAAGGCGAUUUAGCUCUCAGACUACCGUGCGGAGCAGUCGGUAAUCCAAAGCCAGCAGUGUCAUGGAAAUUUGAUAAUGGAUUAAAUGUUGUCACUGGUACUGAAUUGUACGAUGUUGACGAAGAUGGAGCCCUAAUUAUAUAUGAUUUAGAAGAGAAUGAUAUCGGUGCCUAUAUAUGUACAGCUGAAAAUGCUUUAGGUGUGGCGGUUGAAAAGUAUGACGUUCUUGUUAAUGAUUCUCCCAGCCCAGAUAGUAAUGGUACGACAGCGAUAAACCUGGAAGAGAAUCACACUCUUAGAAUCACCUGUAGAUCGUCUGAUAUGAAAAUUGGUCAACUAAUACGCUGGUAUAAGGAUGGAAGAUUAAUUGUGGAAGAUAAUGAUCUAGUGAUAAAAAACGCAUCGCUAACUGACUCCGGUAUAUACAGUUGCCGCGAAAGCAAUUUCCGAGAAUCUCAUUCGUCGCAUUUUCAUGUGAUAGUGGGCUAUGCACCAAAAUUUACUUUUGAAGAAGAGACCAAUAUAGAAUUCAUCGAAGGUUCUUUUACUGCUUUAUCAUGCGAUGCUGACGCUCAACCGAAACCAAAGGUACAUUGGUGGAAAAAAUCUCAAAGUAUGGACGAAACAUCUAUGGAUUAUAUUUUAUCUAUGGAACUUAGUGAUAUUGGACAUUACACGUGCAUGGUUGGCAAUGAAUUUGGAACUAUUAGUCGAACUUUUAAUAUUAUAAAUGCGAAAGAAUGUGUAUUGAACAUUGAUAAUAAUUUUAAAAUGCAACAGCCGUUAUUAUUAUCAACUGAAGAAUUGCCUGCCCUUCACGGCGCCGUUGGGCAACUUAGAAUUCCAGCUUCACACAGCAUGUUAAUGAUUUGCCCAAACACUUUUAUUAAUAUUGACGGCAUCAAUUACGGAGAUAAUUUAAAAGGUUCCUGUAUUAAUGGGUCUAUAUUUGAUAUAGAUGGGAGAUACGUAGACUUUUCAGACAUUAGAUGUAAUGAUAAAGUGGUUCCGUUAACGAAAAAUACUGGUAUCGCCUGCGGCCCAGGUUACACUGAACUAUUAAAAAUUGGAUACAAUGUUGGUGUUGAGUUUAUGAGCAUUUACGAUGUGUGUUUUGAUAAGCGUCUUAAACUUCCGUUGUACGCCAAACACGAUAUAAACCCAAUGGCUGCGGACUCUGUUCCGAAUGAAUCAAUAGAUUAUGUGAAAAAUAAACAUUUGCCAUUUGAAUUUGAUGACAUGUAUAAUUGUGGGCAACAACGCGACAGCAUUUUGUUUUUAACUGGAAAACGUCUUAGUACAAACAACAGAUGCUGCUUUGCUAAAAGACAGUUGGUGAACCCUAGAGAUGUGAUAACAGGAUAUCAGCAGGUGGCAACUUACAAUUACUUAAAUGUUAUACCAAAAUGGGGAACAUGUGGCACAGAGAAUUGGGAUAAUCUAGAAGAGCGCGUAAGAAGUCUAGUAAAGGCGUUAGAUCAUCCGCUGGAGGUUUACACGGGCUCUUCGCAUUUGAUGAAGCUACCUGCACAGACUAAGGAGCGUACCGUUCGAUUGACUGACAGGUUCGGCAGAAAACAGCCGGUGCCACGUUAUAUAUGGAAGGUAAUAAUAAAUCACUAUGAGGCACAGGCCGUGGCAAUCAUCCAGAUCAACAUUCCUGAUAUCACCAUAUAUCAAGCAUUUUCCUUCAUGCUAUGUAAAGACAUGUGCCACAAAAUAGAAUGGAUGAGAAACGGAGAAUGGCGGGACGUCAAAAAAGGGUUCACUUUUUGCUGCAACGUCAAAGAAUUCGAGACCAAAUUUGGUUACAAAGACUUGUUCAAAAUCCGCGAAUUAAGUUCGAAGGCUCUAAUAAUAUGAAAUUAACUAUUGGUUAUGGCGAAAAUUAUUUAAAAAAACGCAGUUUUGAUACUCAUCGACGAUUUUAUUUACUAUCUGUGUAAUAUCUAAGCUUCUCAGAUUUAUAGAGAUGUAGUCUAUAUCGUCUCAUGACUUAUCAUCAUUUUAUUUCACAAUCAUCUUUAAGCAUCAAAGUUUCUGGUUAAUUUAACUGUA